AUGUCGCCAGAGUCGAUCCCCGUGCAGCUGACGACGAGGUCGGGGAAGUCGCAUGCGAGCUGUGCGACGGUCAGCUCCUCCGUGUAUAGGCGCGCCGAGCCGUCGGGGAGGACGAGGAGCAUGGCGGAGGCGGAAGCGGAAGCCGCGUGGCGGAAAGGGAGCGACCAGGUCGCAGCGCAUGGGGAGGGGGAGCGGUGGCGGAAGGCGCAAUCGGGGGAGGGAGAGGUGGAGGCUAGUGGUGAAUGCUCCGCCGUGGCGGAGUUGAUUGCAGCAGCCAUACCUCGUUGGUUGCGACAAGUAACGUCGGCGAAACGGCCGUCGUGGCAUCGCCUGUCCAGGUUGCAGGUAGUUCCCCCCUACUUCUCUCCCCGCUUACUCCAUGCGUCUUUCUCCUCGCGUGUGCUGCCAGUGCUGGCUCGCCUGCGGGGCUUCUUACCCCAGAUGGAGCAGGAGAACCAGAAGCUGCAGCGAGCCAUAGAGGUACAGAGGGGUGCAGAGAGGUGCAAAGGGGCGAAUGGAGGUAAGGAUGGGCGAAUAGAGGCGUGGAUGGUGGAGCAGGGCCAACAGGCGGUGAGCAUGGAGGCAGUGGACGACUCACAGCAACACAUUGAGAUGGACCUAUCACUGGGUCUGGUUGACUUGCGCACUGCUGAUGCCGUGGCGGCAGCAGAGAGGGCUCUGUCUGGGGCCGGACAGGGGAGCUCUGUGGGCAGAGGGGACGGGGAGGGGGGAGAGGAGGGCGAGGCAGGUAGCAGCGAUUCUGACUCAGAACUAGAACCAGAGAGUGAAGAUUCUGAUGGUGAUGAUGGUGGGAAUCAGGGUGGUAUUCGAAGGGCUGAUGCACAUGGGGGAGAUGGCCUGGGCGGUGGAGACAGGUGUGUAGCGAUGGAGGAAGAUGGGGAAGCUGGAAGUGAAGAUGGAAGAGGGGGUGGGGGAGUGCUUCCAGGCGGCUCACUUGAUGGUGCUGUGGCUGGUGGGGAUUGUGGGGUGUUUCAUAACACCCUCGCAUUCCGGCUGCUUGCUCUGGACUGUGGCGCGGAUAUGGUGUACAGCGAGGAGGUGAUCGACCACCGCUUUGUACAGUGCAAGAGAGUGGUCAACUCUACGUUGAAUUCCGUUGACUUCGUGGAGCCCACCACGGGCAUUGUGGUGUUUCGCACGUGUGAGGCUGAGAGGACGCGAGUGGCCUUCCAGAUCGGCACCGCUGAUGCUGUCCGGGCUUUAAGGGCCGCUGAAGUGGUCUGCAAUGACGUGGCAGCCAUAGACAUCAACAUGGGGUGCCCCAAGCCCUUCUCCACCAGUGGCGGCAUGGGUGCUGCUCUGCUCUCCCGCCCAGAAAACGCAUGUGACAUCCUUACCACUCUGCGUCGCAACCUGCCUGCCUCCAUCGCAGUCACCUGCAAGAUUCGUCUACUCGACUCGCCCCACCGGACAAUCGACUUUGCGCGUGCUGUUGAGAGCACGGGAAUCUCAGCUCUGGGCAUUCAUGCAAGGAAGGUUCCUCACCGCCCAUCAAUGAAGGCGCAGUGGGAGGCACUCCCUGCAGUGGUGUCGUCGCUCUCCCUCCCAGUCAUUGCCAAUGGGGACGUCUUCUGCUACAGUGAUUUCGACUCCAUUCGAGCAGCAACAGGAGCAUCAUCAGCCAUGGCAGCGCGAGCGGCUCUGUGGAACCCAACCGUGUUCCGCCCAGAGGGGCAGCAGAACUGGGAGGUGGUGAAGAGGCUGUUUCUGAGGCAGAUUAGGAAGGGCUAA